AUGAGUGCUGAACUUCGCAGGGACGACGCGCAAGAAAAUCCUAUGGACCACGUGGAUAAGAAGGUGGCCAAGGACGGCGGCCCGAAUGCCCAUAACCUUUGCCACUACUUAGUCAACUCGGCCAAUCAAAAGUGCGCUUCUGAUGCAGUGACGCUACCGUUUGGUCACCUGGCUGAUAGCAAAAGCAAUCCAGACGUAAUUUCGUCGUCGGCUACCAACGUUGCGGCCGGGCGACAGGCCUCACAAGAAGACAAAAAUCCGCUUUACCAGGUCAGCAAUGAAUUUAUCCGCAUCGUUGGUGGUCAGCCGAUGAAAGCAUUCCUCAAAAGGCCAAUCAAAGUGACAAAUGUCGUGUCAACUCACAAAAUAGUAGUGCAGAACGAACGCGAAGAACUCUUGCAAAUAUCGUCGCCGGUAGAGUCACCUAAGCUGCCUAAGAAAAAGUGUGGCUAUUGCAUUUCUGACUCUCUGCAAACCAACUGGUCAGAGAGACUCAAACGGCGAAAAAUUCUAUUUUUCAGACGUAUUAAAAUCACUGACUUUUGCCUUGGUUUCGCCCUUACUGGCAUUGCAAUCACCGUCGCCGAGAACGAAGUCGCAUUUUCUGCUCCAUUCUAUGAGGUAAACGUCAUUAUCUUUCUAAUUUCGAUCGCAUCGCCUUAG